AAUCGGAGAUCUCCUGCUCCUCCUGCAUUCUUGUGCACGUUCUAUGGGGUGCUGUCUGCCCAGCUCCCUACAGCGUCUAGGUUGGCCGGGGCUGUCCAGGGACGCCGCAGAGGUACACUACAGGUACACUACAGACCUCCGUGCAUCAGCCUGCCUUCCAAUCCUCAUACCCCAUCGCGCUGCCUAAAAGCUACCUCCUAGGUACCUAGCCUGCAGAGGUAAACGUCUGUACCUCAGUUGUUCUGGCACUGUAGCCAACGCCCGAGACGGUGGCAGAUAAAAACACGCCCUCCCCGGUCCUGCAGCCUCCGUUUCGACCCAUCCAUUUCAGGGCAACCCGAUGAGUCGCCUGUCUUGACCAGCCACUCUCGCCAAUCCGACAAGCUCCAGGGUUGCAGCCAGGUCUCAAAAGAGACCUGCCCCGCCGUCCCUGAGUUCUCCGAUUUUCUUCGCAUCUGGCUGUGUGGCAUCUUCUCCUACUAUACAUUUGUUGAAGUCAUGUCCACCCAAGGCGGCUCUUAUGCGCCCAAAUCGCCCGAUCUCUCUUCUUUCUACUCCGGCGCCACCGACAUCCCUGCCAGCGCCAACGCCCCAGGUGGCUACCCCUUUCAGCCCACGCUUGGGGCCGGAGUCGGUCUAGCAGCUGGUCCCGGAGUGGCACAGACACAGGCGCCAGCUGUCGCCCGAGCUUCUUUGAGAUACGGCCAGCCACAGCCCCGCCACCAGUACACCUCCGCGCCAUAUCAGCCCCCUACCCCUUCGUCUCUACCGCCGCUUGCACAACCCGUCGGCACAGCUCCAACAUCACCAGCUCCAGCAGCAGCAUAUAGCAACAUCGGCCUCGACGACUCCGGUAACAGCCACGCCGCCUUCAACACCUAUCCGCCGCCGCGCAACGUUAGAAAUCAGCAACCGCCACAGCCAGAGGCGCAGUACUAUUCCCCCCGACAGCAGACUCAAUUCGCCUACACCGACCGGCCGCCUUUGAGCCUGCAAGAUCCGGGCCUCGCUUCGUAUCAUCCGCCCUAUUCCGAGCCCGCGUCAGCCGCCCCUUUCCACCCGACCCCCCAGGCCCAACCCGCCCAAUUCCUGCCUGCGCAGCCGCCUGUCUUCUACGACCAGUCCCAAUUGGCCGAUCCGCCGAACACUAUGCCGCCGCGCAAGAUUGCCCCGGCGGCACGGCAGAGCGAGCUGGGCGCGUCGCCCGUCAAGACCAAGUUCCCUACCGCGCGGAUCAAGCGUAUAAUGCAGGCCGACGAGGAGGUGGGCAAGGUCGCGCAGCAGACGCCUAUCGCGGUAGGCAAGGCGCUGGAGCUGUUCAUGGUGCAGCUUGUGCGAAAGAGCGCGGAUGUGGCGAGGGAGAAGAACUCGAAGAGGAUCACGGCGCAGAUGCUCAAGCACGCCGUGGAUUCGACUAACGAAUGGGACUUCCUGCAAGAUAUCGUCGCCAAAGUCACCGAGGAGAAGGAGGGAGGGAGGGGCGCGGGUAAGGGCAGAGCCGACACCGACAGCGACGAGGAGGCGGACGGCGGAGAGGUCAAGAAAAAGGGGAGGGGCGGGCGCAAAAAGAAGGCGCCGGCGUAGCGAUCGCUUCCGCCAUACCACUUCCGUCUAGGCGUUCUACAUCACCGAGGGGCGGCAUAUACCGG